AUGGCCCAAUUCCUAGAGGCGUCACAGGUCCGCUUGUCAUUCAGCCAUUUGGGUCUGGCCCGUCUCAAUCCAUCGCCUCCGUCUGCAGUAGAGGUAGCAAACGACCUACUGCAAAAGAACCAUGACAGGUAUCACAUGUACUUCCGUGAUGUUGCCGGCCACAAUCAUAUCCCCCAUUCUAUUCUCACAGUUCUUGCAAUGGGUGGCGGCCCCCGGCAGCUGAAAAGAGCAUUUGACGAUGGAGUGCCCAUACAACGGCCGCUGCCUCCCGUUGAUCUCGAAGUUGUCAAAAGCUUCAAGGACCCGGCCAGGUUUCGAGAAAAGAUGACUCUUUUAUCAGAGUACACAAAUUAUCUAGCGUUCUUUGAGGAAGAGAUCGAAUACAAAGGCUGGGAGGCUGUCGUCAAUGAGCGCUGCUUCAGUCGCACCCCUAACGCAGACUACUUGUUGUCCCAGAUGUACGAGGGCGUUUUUCAUCCUAUGAUCCACCUGGGCUUUGGUGUUGAAUUCCAACUUCCCAGUAUUGUUGCCGAGGGGCUCGCGCAAGCUGCUUCACAUUAUCUUGGAAACCUGGACCAUUUCUUCUCAGGUGCUGAGAGACUGGUGCAGACCGGAUCUGUAGCACCCAAGCGACUCUUUGAUCUUUACCAGGAGGUUCGCAGCAACGAGAAAGUCCGUACAGCUGCGCUGGUAACUGAUAGAGCCUUCAGAGUCCGCGAUGGCGUGCUGGGUCGGGCGUUACAUGAGAUCAUAAGGGUAGCUUCCCAAUAUCAGAUCACACCUGAUGAUUUGGAGCGUGCGACCGCUGAAAUGAUCAGUUGUGCUGCCUAUGCCGCCGCUACUAUACAAAACAAGCCCGGGAAAGUCCGAAGGAUCGACUUUUACGUUAUGCAUAAUGUUACCUGUUCCGUCGCUCUGGUCGUUCUGCUCCGUCAACCAUGGAUCAAACUCGAGGACAAGGUCCGUGUUUUAGAGUGGAAGGGCCGGCUCGAUCUCGUCAUGUACGCCGCCAUCUCGGCACCCGAGCUGCACCUCGAGAAUAUCCUAGAAUAUAAGCCGACGCAAAGCAAGGAUAUGACAUGGAGCACAAUGUACGAAGCUAUCAAUGAUAUUCAUGAUGAUGGACAUAUCGCCAAGUUCGUUCGAGCUUUAAAACUUGGCGAGGAAGUAGCAAAGCCGUUCGAGCAGGAUGACAAGGCUGGUGAUCUGCCCGUGAAAGGAAACUUGUGGUUCAGGAUUGCUCAGUUGUGUUUCGAUACGACUUCGCUAAGUGAUGGGAUAGAAGCCGAUGAGAAGUGGGUUAUGGGUGCUGGAUUUGAUCCCAUGUGGCGAAUGGUCCCUGAUCGAUCCGAUUCUUAUGACCCUAACUGGCGAUAA